CAUCAGAACCGAAACCGCCGCGCUUCCGCGCUCAUGCGGACUCUGGACUCUCCGAGCUUCCGUAGAAAUUCCAUCACUGUCAGUGUAUUCGCGGUGACCGCCGCCGACCCUCCGAACCGAACCAUGGAAGAGAUCAGCAACAUCGAGGUGGUUCCGUGCCCGGACUCGCAGUACCUGAAGCCGCUGCGGGUCCACUACAGCCAGAAUGGCACAAAGAAGUCCUGGGACUUCAUGCGAACCCACGACAGUGUGUCGGUGCUGAUCUUCAACACGUCCUCGCACUGUUUCGUCCUUGUCAAGCAGUUUCGUCCAGCUGUCUUCAUGUGCGAGUGGGAGAGGAAGAAGUCGCAGAGUCCCGCCACCGACAAACCUGAAGGGGGCGGUGCUGAGGCGGCGGCUGAGCCCCAGGAGACCCCGGCGGAGGGGGAGAGCCCCUCCCCGUGGCCCCCGGGGUCGGCCGGGGUCACCUACGAGCUCUGCGCCGGGCUGGUGGACAAACCCAGCCUCUCUCUGGAGGAGCUGGCCAGACAGGAAGUGCUGGAGGAGUGUGGCUACGACGUCCCGGCCUCCAAGUUGAGGAAGAUCACAUCGUGCAGGUCAGGCGUGGGACUGUUGGGCGCCAAGCAGACCAUGUUCUACGCCGAGGUGUCGGACGACAACUGCGUGGGCGCGGGCGGCGGGGACCCGCGGGAGGGCGAGCUGAUCGAGGUGGUGAAGGUGCCGCUGCACGAGGCCAUGACCUUCGCCUACGAUGAGCGCAUCCCCAAGUCCAUGGGCGUCAUUUUCAGCUUCAUCUGGUUCCACAACAACAUGUCGCCCAAGUACAAGAUCUCCACCAACGUGUAACCCCACCCCCACCCCCCGAGUGCCCCCCAUACUCAAUCACGACCCCCCUCAUUGCCUUUUUAUUUUGCUCUCUGGCACUCCCUGUGGUCUCGGAAAUGGCCAUAGCUGGCGAGUGCCGGCUGUUCUUGUGGUUUUGCUGUCUCGUCCGUGUCCUCUUCGUACCGCUGUUUUAUCUCGGAGCAGACGCUCCACUCCAUCGCCGCCAGCUUAACUUCCCUUGAGGAAAACAUUUCCAGUUGUGCGCCCUUCGCCCUCUGAGUCCAGUGUCGGCUGACGUCGUUGCGGCCUCGACACAUUUCUGACUCGCAGCCUUGAAGCAAUACGUGCGGCAGCAAACCCUCCCGACGUAGUUUAGACACCCGCCGCCGCUGCAGAGACGCGCACCUACCUCCACGCCGCGCCUGAUGCCGUUUGUCGCGCUAGCGGUCCAGAGGCUGCGUUCACACGUUCACACACACUUUUAUUCACGCUUUUAUUAGUUCUUGUGGAACAGUUGACGGUUCAAUGCCUGUUGCCUGCCGGGAACUUUGCUUAUCAUUCUGUGUGUGAUGAUGUGGAGAAAACAAGUGGUGGUGUGUUGGUGACGCUUCGCCGACCAUCAAGUCUGUGCACACGAAGCUCCACGGUUACAGAUUCUCGCGCUCGCUUUUGCUACGGUGCAGUCACCGAAAAAUCAGCAGCAGCUUAGCGUUUCCUCACAAACCCCACAAUGUCUCUGUCAACCGGCUGAACUUGGGACUCGUGAGUUAUCAAAAAAGAAAAAAGCUAGUGAGCUAGCAUGUUGGCGCAGCUAGGACGUAAGAGGAGUUGUUGUUUUGGCUUGACGCAACUUUAAAACGCCAACUUCCUGUCCCUGCUGAUUUUGGAAGGAAAGUGUGGAACUGUGAAAGUAGCCUUUUCCUACGGCUCUAAAUCUGCAGGCUAGCGUAGAAGUCUACGAUGGAAUAUCGUGCAGAAAAAAAAACUGUUGUGAAGGAGCGAUUUAGUGAUAUAAAACGUCGGCGUGUGCCACGACGCCGAUCAUCGGCAAAGUCUCAGGUCCAAAAACUUUCAAUCGCAUUCGUGAUCGGAACGUGACGACAACCAGCAUUUUCGUAACAACAGCGUUUCAGGCGUGUCAGAGUUCCUCCUUAGACACAGUUGAGUUGUUUCAUCCGACAAAGGGCUGGUUCAUUAUUUGUCAUCCGAGAAAGACGUGCACGACACAGAGUCCAUUCUAUUCAUGUAUGAUCUAGAUUAUAUAAAUAUAAUCUAACAUUUUUAAGGAUGGAGAACAAGAACUUUGCAUAACAAGUGGAGAAAAUCGUCUUCAUUUAGUUUUGCGAUCCCCUGUGACUGCGAGCGCCAAUAACACAGUGAGCUUUCACCAGAAGCUGUUUUGAAGACCCACUUCCUGCUGUUAGCUUUAGCGCCCGCUGUCAAACUGCAGUUGUGGAUUUCUGUCACAUCUGACAUGUUUUCCACGCUAAAGCACCAGUACGUUUUAAGUUUUAGGAUGUUCCGUAACGCUCACUACUUCCUCAUUCUAACGUCAAAAUUGUGACGUUUUUAGCCAAUGAUUUUUAAUGCUUUCAUUUUUCACCUCAUUUGAAUCACUGCAGCACCAUAUCUGUGACAUUCCACAGCCAGACUGAACCUCAUCCACGUCGUGACAUCCGUGGCACGAAUGACACCGUAGGUCGCGGGUUCCUGUCGUCCAUGUUUAAACAGAGCUGCAGAGCCGUGGGAGCGGUGUGUCGUCGGAGACGCAGCGGGAAGAAAAACGGCCGAACUUUGUGCCAGCGCGUCCUGACCGACAAUCAGCCUGCGACAAGUCGACUCGACUCGCGAUGAGCCAAGACUGAUUUGAUUUCAGGGCGUUCAGAUUGACUUGCACUUUUUAUUUAUUGGAUUAUUUGAAGAAAGUGACUCUCACCUGAGGCCUCGCGCGGUGGCCCAGGGGCCAAGGGCUGCAGCGGUCGUCGAGUCCAUCCUGAAGGUUCUGUGGUCUGGGGCGGUGCCUCGUCUGCACCUGACCGGUUCGUGACUCGGUGAUAGACCUGGUGGUCGCCAGUGUGGAAGGUGCCAGCGCCCCAGGUCGUGUUGAAACCCCCCACCCCCUGAGCUCCAUCUCUGCUGACUAGUCCUCCUCCUCUGGGCCCUUCCUCCACACGCUUAACAAGGUGCCGACAAUCAACCUCAGUUGUGCUGGUGCAGGAGCCCGUGUGAGUUUCGGGGCCCCACAGAAGCCAUUGGGCCGCCCCACGAUCACGAUUCACUGGGCUGCUGGAGUCUCUACCUCUGUCGCUCAGGCACUCGGGUGCAGUGCGCCGACAUAUCGAUGCGUCGUCUCAGAAGCCCCGCCCCCCCCGUCCCCAUGUUGCUCCCUUCAUUUUGGUCCUGGCACCAUUUCCUGUGUGGCGCUCAGCAGCAGUUUUAAAGGUGCUAUGCCGGGUUUUCUCCACCUUUGUUUAUGGAUCAGUGAAGGAGUCUCGGCAGCCCAACUGGACGCAGCUCUGUCGAGGGUUUCGGCCGACGGUGUAGCAGCCGCGCAGCGUGGUUUUUCUGUUUACGCCGAACGACUCAGUUUUUGAUCAUGUGUUUUGCGCUUCUGUCAUCGUGGGCAGUGUUUUGUUGAUUUUGACCUUCAUGUAUUUAACUUUGACUCACUUGAUACAAGCGACAGGGAUAUAGUUUGGCAAGUUGCAUGUUCACGACUGUGUUGCAGAGAAGACGCAAGUGGAAAUAAAGUGGGUCGAGAACCCGAAACAUGGCACAAGUGCGGGGGUUUUAUUCGGACUUCUGGACUCUAGGUGGCGCUGGUGCUGCACUGCGUAUCAGGCCUUAGGUAGAAGUUUAAACCUGAAGGUCUGCGACUGCAGGCAGCUGGCGGGGCCCGGUCUGUUACUGUGUCCCGGGUGUCGUUGAUCUGGUCCCCACUGGUCCGGCUUCUGCUCAGACACGAGCAGGAGGCUCCAGUGCUUCCCACUGGUGACUGAGGAGAGCCGGCUCCUCUCCUGGCCUCCAUGACUGCCGUCUCCAGGGUGGCUGGGCUGAAGAAGCUCCUCGGCCUGGGCUUCUCCUCCUCCUCUCCUCCUCCUCUCCUCUUCCUCUUCCUCUUCUUCCUAUUCUCCUCCUCCUCCUCUUCCUUCUGUUCCUCCUCCUCCUCCUCUUCCUUCUCUUCCUCUUCCUCCUCUUCCUCCUCCUCUUCUUCCUUUUCCUCCUCUUCCUCUUCCUCCUCCUCCUCCUCAUCCUCCUCCUCCUCUUCCUUCUCUUCCUCCUCCUCCUCCUCUUCCUUCUCUUCCUCUUCCUCCUCCUCCUCUUCCUUCUCUUC